AUGAGAAAAAAAAAAGGUGGACAUCAUUUAAUAAAACAUCGCAUAGAAGAACAUCGUGAACUUGAAGCUGAAUUAAAAAAAUUAUCUGAACAAUCAGCAAUGGAAUGGAAACAAGUAUGUAAAGCAAUUGAUAAAUUAAUACAUCAUUUAGAUGAAGAAGAAACUGAUAUUCUUAAACCACUUUGUUCAAAACUUCACGAUAAAAUUCAACUUCAACUUACUGAUGCAGGUCAAUUAGCUUCGGAUAAAUCUCAUCCGGAAUUAUCAAGAAAACCAGAACAAAACUCCACAAGAAAAUAUCAAUAUUGGACUUACAGAAAAACGUCAAGAUCUUUUAUUUUAUUUUUUCGAUAA